UCAAGAAAACUGGUAAUACAACACAAACAAAGGAGAGGAGUGAAUGUGGUGAAGGCAGCUAAGGAAAUUCAAAUGGAGAACUCAAAAGAGGUAGAGACUCACAGCACAGGGGCAACAUGCUCCCCGUCGGAGGAACAGGCCGAAAAGCCCUCCAUGCUCUGUUUUAAGACGCGGAAGAAGCCCUGCAAGAAGGGGCUGACCACGAAGGAUGUGUGUGAAGGAGCCUCGGAGGAGAAAAGUCAAUGCGUCAGCGCUGACCAAGGGGAGGCAAAAGUUUCAAAUCAGCCACAGUCCUCCAAAGGAGCCUGGGCAGCCAUCAAAAACCUUGCAAGACCUCGGAGAAGGCAGAAAUCUUCCUCGUGGAAGAAGGUGGCCUCCGAUUCCCAAGUGCAGCUGGAGGUGGAUGCUGAGGAGGGCUGUGCUCAAGGCUUCCCAAAGAAACGGGCAAGCUCUGGGGUGAAGAUGCCCUGUGUGCGCUUCUCCAGAGGCAAGAAAAAACCCAGCCCCUCUGAAGCAGUGGAGGAGUCAGAGGGCAGUGUUCAAGCAAACGAAGUGAUGGGCAUUUUAAAUAAAGCUAGUGAAGAGCUGGAGGAUUUGGCCCCAACAGACAAGUCUGAAUCCUUCAGCCCGAUUUCCGCGGAGGAGGACCAGGAUACAGCAAAAGAAAGUGCUGACUCUGCUGGGAAGAGUGAGCCCUUGGCAGAGCCCACACCUGAUGCAGAGGAACACAUGGAGUGCGCUGCUCAGUCAGAGAUAACCGACUCAGAGACAGUUAAUGAAACAGCCCAGGAAAAACUGCAGGAGGGGAGCCUACCCCAAACCACAGUCCAUGCGGAAGGCGGGGAAGUUGCUCCUGAAGCACCCGUUUUCAAGGAACAACCUGACAGCACCCCUGAAACCACUGAGCUGCAGGAAAUCCCCAAUAUCAGCAAAGAGCUGCCUGAAGGGGAUCAACCAGAGGAGACCAUAAAUCUUCCCGAGGAGUGCAAAACCGAAGAGACUGUAAUGGAUGUCAGUCAGUCGGCAUUUAAAGAGGAUGCAGCGAGCGUGCAGGGCUGCUCCAGUCAUCAGGUAACAUUAGAAGCAAAUGCAGGCACCGGCAUCAGCAUCGUCAUCACUGUCACCGAGGCUGAGGACUCUGACAACACCGACUCUGACCAGGCCUACGAGCCGUCCCCAGUUUUGCACCGAAAUAAGCAAAAAGGGAAUAAAAAAUCAAGUGGGAGCUUUGAUUUUGGUAAAAAAGAGGGCCCUGAGGCUUGUUCUGGUCCCCAGGUGGAGGAGAAAGGUCCGGGAGACCAGGGGCACAGAACUGGGGAGCAGUACGAAUUGCUCCUCAUAGAAACGGCGUCUUCCCUCGUGAAGGCGGCCAUUCAGUCGUCCAUAGAGCAGCUGGUCAACGAAAUGGCCCUGGAACAGAAUAAACACAACAGUUUUCUGUGACAGCAGUGAUGCCCCCAAAAUAAAGAGUACAGGGAGUGAUGUAAAGCUCCAUUUGGCCUGGGGGGCGUGUGGAGAGCUCGAAGGGCUCCCGGGGCCGAGGUGUAGUUAAUUCUGCAUGAUCGUUCAGUUGUGUGUCUUUGUGAAACGGAUCCUGGGACGUGGGGCAGACCCUGCUACGUACAACGUGUCCCCUGGGGCUGGGGCUUCAGAGAGGGACGUCAACCGCAGCUGUGGAAAAAUGAAGGUGUUGCAGCGACUGUGUUUUCAUUUAUUGGCAUCUUUAUGUCAAGGUCACGUUUCUGCCGUCACCCAUGCCGGGUUUCCCUGCUGUUCAUGCCGUAGAUCUGUAUGUAUUGUGCAUUUAGCAAAAGGUCCCCAGAAGCGGCGAGCGCCCGACCCACUGCUGGGCUGGAUUCGGGGCACGUUGGAUGCGGCUGGAGGUUUGCCCUGGGGUUCAGUGGAAACGAGGGAGGGUGCAGUGACUGCAGUGUUAACACGACGACAUGAAUGCCAGAUGGGCUCAGGCUGUUGUUUAGUAUUGCAAACAGGUACUUGCUACGUACAGAUGCCAGAAACCGUGGUCACCCCUGCUGUCGCGUCACGUGAAGCCGGAUGGUUGGAGUGAUGUUUCUCAUUGGGGGCUUCUUCCGCUGUCACAAGCAGCCUGUGCAUUUCCAGACAAGUUAAAGCACAGCAUCAGCCGCUCUCCUCGCUGACCCCGGGCUGUGCAAAUGCCAACAAAAUGACAGUGCUUCGUUUGCCAGGGGUGGGAGGCCGUUCUCGCACCAUUAAGCUCAACGGGCAAAAUUCCCAGCGGUGUCAAGGCACAGGCUGGGCGGGAGCGUGCCUGCUGUGGGCAGCCCCUCUCCUUCCUUCACCUCCUCCAUCCCAGUCACUAUAUCAUGGUGACGCUGUCCUCGGAUGCAGCUUUUUUUUUUUUAUAUAUGGCAUGCGAUAUAAAUAGCAGUGAGCUGCAUGCGUGUUAGCAGUCAACUAUUGCCUCGGUGUUGACAUAGUUUGGGUAGCUGCGAUGUGCUGCGGGUGCUGGAAUUGCUUUGAUUUGGUGUGAGAGCUGCUGGCGUCCCUGGGCGCUGGCGGCAGCCUGUCCCGCUCGGCUCCCCCCUCAGCGAGCCCGGGCAUCCCCUGGGAGAUGUGCAUUACACCCAGCUCGCUCCCUGCCAGGCUCUGGCUGGCUCCGGCACGCCACGUAGCUUGCUCUGAAACAUGCAGGGAAAUGCUGGAGUGAUCUUACCAAAGUCCUCAGGGAAAAAAAUCUUAGACAUGAGGGCUGGGGGACGUGGCUGUAAAAUGCCGAGACAGGCCGAUCGCCAUCAAACCCCCCAAACUGCCCUGCUCUGAGGGACUCUGCGCCAGCGUGGCGUGUGUGUAAAGCAUCGCCUCUAACUCCCAGCCCUCCAGAGAAAGGGGCCUUUUAAUAAUUUGGGAUGGCAUCUGCGUGGCUGGGAUUUACGUACAGCUGCAGGCAAGUCAGCCUGUUCUUCUGAGAAAAUUCUCCUGCGUAUUUCUCAGCCGAUACAGAAAUAGCAGCCUCGCUUGGCAGUUGCUCACUGACCAUAGGCGGCACACUGAGAUUUCCCUUCCCACUGUAGGAUUUGGAUUCCUGUUGAGAUACAAGGGCUGUAAACUCUCCGAGUACCUGGUGCGCAACCACAUUUUAAACUUUGAUAAAGCAUCUCCAUUGUUACAAGAGGACGGUGAGCAGUGAGCGCCACGGCUUAUUUCUGUGCAAGUAAAACUUAAGAAAAAUCAGAGAAUGUUAAAAAGAAGUGUCUUCUUUUUCUGUGAAUUUAUUUAUUAAGUUAUCAGAUAUUAAUAAUUCAAUGUGUACAAUUUUAAUGGCUUUGUACUUCAUACUGGUCCUUCCAGGUAUUUUGCCAUAGCUUUGAAAGGGACUUUUUAAGGACUUUUAUAUGUACCUUUGGAGCGGCUGUAGCACCCUGAGAAGGGCCAGUGCUGAUGCUGGAGGUUGCUUAUGGGAUUACAGCAGGCACCGUGGCAGGAUGGAGCUGAGCAAAGGGCUGCAGCCUCUCUGUAGGGCCCCACUGGUGUCAGCUGCAGAGGAGGAUGCCCAGGCUCUAGUAAAGAAACACAGAAUGACCCUGCAGGGCCAGGCUGUCAUCUUCUGUUAGCUGAAUAAGCAGUUCUGGGGAGUUUUCAUCUAUUUCAGUAUUUGGCUUUUAGGUGAAACAUAUCUUCAAAAGAGGAGGAGAAUGACAGAAAUGUUUGGUCCAGCCCAGCCCCUGUGACUCCUGCUCCACGUCCAGGGUUGUGUUUGCAUCCUUUCUGUAGCUGGUUCUUCCCUCUGUUAUAGCUGUACAUAUAACUGGCAAUUAUUUCAUUAAAGUUGAAUGUACCUGUUGUUUUCUGGCCUUGUGAUUGAGUAGGCAGCUAUGGAGAGAUUUUAUACAUGGAAGGAUAAACUCACAGUGCUGCUCUGUUGUCUCUGGCCUUUUCAGGGAGCUGUACGGUG